CAAAAAACAAAGGCCUCUCUCUCUCUCUCUCUGUUUUCGCCAAUGGCGUCUGUUCCUAAUUUCUACGCCGAUUUCACGUUACCCGGCGAGACCUCGUCGCAGCAUUACCUCACCCCCUUGAAUAGUUUAGAGAAUUACGGUUCGUUAGCAUUCAAUCCUCAUGACGCCGUCUCCAGCAAUCCGACGUCGUUUGAUGAUCUGUACGGCUCCUUCCAGGCUGACCUAUCACCGGCUCCGGCGACCCUUUUGCCGGAAAGGUUCGGCAUUUCCGACAUGGCCGUGCCCGAGUUCAACAACAACAUUGGUGCUUGUGGCUAUUAUGUGGAUAAUUUCAAUAAUACGACACAGUACUAUCAUAACAUUGCUGGAGAAGAAUGCAACGCCUUUUCCCCGGAGUUCAAGCCGUUUUUCUCUCCGGCAUCAUCCGGAGAUCUCUACUGGCAGGGCUGCGAAGGGGGGAAACAGAUUCCGGCGACGGAAGAGACGAACACAAAGAUCGGAAGAUAUUCUGUAGAGGAAAGGAAAGACAGAAUUCUGAGGUACUUGAAGAAGAAGAACCAAAGGAACUUCAACAAGACAAUCAAGUACGUUUGCCGUAAAACCCUAGCUGACCGGAGGGUUAGGAUUAGGGGAAGGUUUGCGAGAAACAAGGAACCAUGUGAACAGCAAUCGCCGUCAAUGAAUCAUAAUAAUACCGAAAAAGAAGGAGAAAUAUAUUCGGGAGAUGACUAUCAAGUCCAGAUGGAGCACGACGACAUUUGGCUGCAAGAAGCAAUGCCCGAUAUAACUUACUUCCCGAGUGAAUCCUACGGCGUCGGAGAUGGUCAUGAAAGGACAUGGAGCUUCUGAUCUCAUAUCUCAAGUUUUAUGUGGUUAAUUAGACACUAAUUCGAACAAUAUAGGAAUUGAUGUCUCCAUAGUUUGUACGUCAGAAUUCUCCGAGUUCACGAAACGUACACCCAAGUAACAUUGUCUGUGGAUAUACUGUCAAUUAUGUUUUUGACGUAUGUGUAUAAAAAGUGAUGUUAGUGAGAUUAAAAAAAAAAGAAAAAAG